GUUUUCUUCGAGGCGUCGUUUUCAAAGCCCCGUUAACGGCCGACUGUUGUCCUGGUGCAGCUGCUGUUGUGAAGCUUUAAACAAGACAACACGACCACUGCUAACACACUUCACCGUCAAUGUUUAUUUAAUAAACUCUCUAUAGGAGCUAUCAGCCCUCUAGAAGGAUUCAUGCUACCUCACUGACUCAAAACCUAAAAAUACAAUGGACAACCUGGAUUUCACAGAGGAGGAAAUCCAAAGACAGCUGGCGGUCAUGGGCUACAGAAACAUACCAGUUCGCAAGGUGCACCAAGUCAAGCAAGAUCUUGAUGAGCUGAUUCAACGUGGUCGAGGGAGAAGCUUCUCCUCGCCCCCUCAGACGAACGCCGCCGAGUCUCAGACAGCCACUUCUCGGCCGAGUCCUCCUGCCUUCACCAAGGAGAAAGUUGGUCAUCGCUACUUUGAAGACGCUCGUGAAGGGUUUUAUUUACAUGCUGGACCGUGGGACUAUGACAGAGAGUUGCCCACCACCAGUCAGAUCAGAGACUUUGGACAGCAGCAGAGAAACUUCGACCCGUACACUCAGAACUUGGUGGAUCCAGGCGCUCUCAGCAGGCUGCAGGUGGAGCCGGACCAGGACGACACCGUCGACCCAACACUCUCUGACAGCUACACGUCCUCCGCUGACUCGCAGGGCCGACGCUUCAUCAAGAGGAUCGUCCUGAGGAAACGUAAAGGAAAAACUCUCAUCUGUGAUGAAUCGUUCUACAGUGAAGACUCCGACGCAGCGAGCAGUCUGGAGGAGCGACUGGCGGAUCUAAAUCUGUCGCCGUCGUCUCAACACGACUUUGAGGCGGAGAGCGAAGACGUGACCAGUCAGAGCGACACCCAGAGUUCAGAGUCAGACAGAGUCCCUAUGAGCGCCUUCGAAUCCUACAUAAGAGGCAUGACUCGACCUCCAAGAGACGGUGACAUCAAGCCCAAACACAAGGCCUUCAUCAGACCAGUGAUGAACCAGCAGCCAAGAAAGAAGACGGACCCGGUGGCCAAGUAUUUCCAGUAUAAGCAGCUCUGGGACAUGUUUAAACUUCCUGGAGAGCAGGACAGGAGAGCGGUCCGCCUGGAGAUAAAGGAGCGACUUGCCUACCAGCCUCCACCACCGAAGCCUCGGAGAGUUUACCUGCCCAACACCUACAUCGUGCCAACAGAUAAGCGUCGCUCGGCGCUGCGCUGGGAGAUCAGGAACAACUUGGCUCACGGACUCGUUCCGUACAAAUACAGCCAUCGGUUUUAGGCCUUUUGUUCUCCUCAUGCCUUUUAGAUAGCUUUUAAUGAAACUUUGCAAUGUCUUUUUUUUUUAAUCAUUGGUAUUAUUUAUUGAUGACUUGUUUUUUUUAACAUAAUAAACACAUAAAGAAAACAUCU